CCGCGAGAAGCAUUCAGGAGGGCGAAUUGUUCCCGAGUCGGGUUCUUUGCAAUGGUAUCGUGUGCCUGAGACGAUAGGAUGACAGACUCAAGCAGCGCCGCGGCAGCCCCAGCGCUCAAGCAGGUGGCUGAGGCAGAUGACUUGUUCGACAGUGAGGGCCGCCCGAAGGACCCCGAGCCGAUGGAGAGGCUGGAGCUGAGAACGGUAGGUACCCGCUGCAGAAGAAGAAGAGAGAGGCGCGGAUUUGUGUGAUCGUGGGGCCUCUCUCCUGUGUGUCACGUCGGGCAGGUUGAGCUCUCUGAGGAGCACUGGGGGUAUGUAGAGAAGCAUCCGGAGCUGCGGCAGCUCCUCACUGACUUCCUGGCAUCGGUGCUCCUGCACACACCAGUAACUACUAGGCACACAAGCCAGGCAUCCGACAGACAAGUGGGGCUGGCGGAUGUUGGUUGCUUGUCUCUGUGUCCGAGCCACAGGAGGACGUGUUUGCGUUUGCCCGUGAGUAUUUCUCAGUCUUUGUGCCAAGCGAUGAGCAUGAGCAGCCGCCCCAGGUGGCCGACCAGGGCGAGCAGGAUGAAGAGCCAACUGCGGACGGCACAGAGGGUGCGGCCGUUUCGUCAUGAGCUGCUGCUGAUUGACCGACGCAGGACUUGCUGUGAG